AUGGCAACUGAAUCUGAUAUCAUAGACAAAAUAGCAAGUGUAAGCUUAACAGAAAAAGAGGAAACAAGCAUCAAUAUAGAAGAUUCCGAUGAAGAGAAGGGCAUUGAAGAAGUGAUUACCGAACUUGGAGUAGCAGGGAAAAUAAUUAAAGGUAGGCUUAGUUCGGCCAGGGUCACGAAGAACGUACUAAAAGAGGUCUGGCGGCUGAAGAAAGAUUUUGAUGUCAGAAUAAACCAGAAAGGUAUUAUGCUGAUGCAGUUUUAUUGCUACGAAGACAGGGAUAGGGUUCUCCUUGGAGGCCCUUGGCACUACGAGAAACAACUAAUUGUGUUCGAGAAAAUACCACCAGAUCUACAGACGAAAAGAAUCGACUUCUCAACAACGGAGAUAUGGAUCCGGAUCUGA